AUGAACACUAAAAAUAUAAUUAAAGUCUUAAUUCCCAUGAAUGAUCCAAUGUUAGUAGCUUAUUAUACAUCUCAAUUGGAACCAACUAGUCAAGUUAUAAUAUAUUCUAAGUUCCURGAAAAAAUGGUUUUCUCAGAACAACGUUCUAGUGGACUCAUGGCUGCUGAAAAGUUUUCACUACCAGUUGAAGAGAUUACAAAACAAAUUGUUGAGACAUACAGAAACCGAUUCACCAAUAUGACAAAUGGUCAAGAUCUAUUUUCAGAAAUUACCAACGAUGAUUAUGAACUAAUUUCUGCAUUAGAUUGGAUAAUUUAUUAUCCUCACCAAGUAGAAGAAGCAUUUGUGCAAAUCAAUGCAGUUGUACGUAAUUUUGUUGCUCAAGGAAAAAUCCAAGCAGCCCGCUUAGCAUUUAAUAAGGUUCAGAAGGAUUCAAUCUGUAGAUUAUUAAAUAAAGCUGAUAUUGAUUUUGAAAAACUUUUGGAGUUGGAUAUGAUAUCAGUUUCUGGAAAAAUACAAUCACUUAUCUUGGAAUAUUUAGCAUAUAAAUGUUAUUUGGACGCAGAAGAAGGAUUUGCAGAAUGGUUUCAUGAAUAUCAUCAAACCAAACCAAUUGAACCUAUCAAACUGCUAGGUAAUGUAGAUUAUGCUAAAAAAUUGAUCUAUGACCACAACAUGGAACAGUAUCAAAUUGCAUUAAGYAAUUGGAAAAAGAUUGUAACAAGUUCAUCACAAAUUGUUGUCGAACAACUCUUUAAUUUGCUUUUUUUCCCCAAUGGUUGGCUUGUUGACCAUGAAAAUGAGGACAAAAAUCGUCAUGAACACUUUGAACUUCUUCGAACUAUAUGUAUUCCAAAGAUUUUUAUGCUGUUACAUACUAUACUGCAUAGUGCUGAAAGAUAUACUGAAUGUAUCAAGUUGGCUGGUUACAUAACAGACAAGAACAAUAAGUUCUAUCAAUUAUUUUCUCAAGCUGAUUUAAAGAAAUUAUUAGCAAARAUUGCCGAAUCAUCGGUUUGCUUAAUGGAAUCACAUAAUCAACAACUAGAUCCUUGGGGAUUUGAAAAAUAAAUGAUAAUUUUUUAUAUUUUUAAGAAAACGUGAUGUCAUAUUUAUUCUUUCUGUAUACAUGACAGUAAAUUUCAGCACAAUCAA